AUGGCUCUUCCACUUGCAACUACAAUUUCCUUAUCAAGCGGCAAAACAUUAGAACAGCCAAUUGGUUUAUUUAUUGAUAAUGAAUUUGUCAAUCCAAUUUCUGUUUCUAAUGCAAGAACACUAACAACCUUCAACCCAAGCACAGGUGAGCCAAUAACCGAUGUUCAUUGUGCCUCAGCUGCAGAUGUUGAUGUUGCGGUAAAUGCUGCAAACAAGGCAAUGGAAACAUGGAAAGACAUUGAUCCUAGUGUUCGUGUCGAACUUUUACUAAAAUUGGCCAGCUUAGUUGACGAGCAUUCCCAAGCAAUUGCUGAAAUUGAAGCACUAGACUCGGGUAAACCAUUGUACUCGAACGCACUGGCGGAUGUUCAAUCGGUUGCUGAGUACUUAAGGUACUGUGCCGGUUGGGCGGAUAAAUUACACGGUACGCAAAUUCCAAUAAACUCUAAGGUAAUGGCUAUUACAAAACGUGUACCCUUAGUUGUCGGCUGCAUCAUUCCAUGGAACUACCCAAUUUCAAUGGCCUCCUGGAAGUUCUGUCCAGCAUUGGCUGCCGGAUGUACUAUUGUAAUGAAGUCAAGUGAGAUAACCCCGUUAUCGUUACUUUAUUUUGCGAAUUUGGUCAAAUUAGCAGGUUUCCCUAAGGGUGUUUUUAAUGUCGUCUCUGGAUUUGGUGAUGAUGUUGGCUCAGCGCUUUCAAAUCACCCAAAGUUGGGUAAGAUUGCAUUUACAGGCUCGACCUUGACCGGGCAAAAGGUGAUGGCGGAUGCUGCCAGAUCAAAUUUGAAAAGCGUAUCUUUGGAAUGUGGUGGUAAAUCUCCACUUAUUGUCUUCGAAGAUGCAGAAUUGGAUGAAUGCGUUAAAUGGGCAAGUUUUGGUGUCAUGUAUAACACCGGACAAAAUUGUACUGCCAAUUCUCGUAUUAUUGUGCAUGAUAAGGUUUAUGAUCAAUUUAUCGAAAAGUUCCUGUCUCAACUCAAGGAAGAUUGGAAAAUGGGAGAUGUCAUGAAUGAAAAGACUACAUUGGGACCACUUGUCAGCCAACAACAAUAUGAGCGUGUUCAGUCGUAUAUUGAUAUAGGUGUCAAAGAAGGGGCUACACUGAUUCAACCGCUUAAGGAGAGCACUCCAUCAAAUGGAUUCUACAUCUCUCCUACUGUUUUUACUAACGUUAAGGAAGAUAUGAGAAUUGUUAAGGAGGAAAUAUUUGGUCCUGUCGUAACUAUCUCCAAAUUCUCAACUGAGGAAGAGGCAAUUUCAAAGGCGAAUGAUACAAUUUAUGGCUUAGCUGCAAUGUUAUUUACUACUAAUUUUGAACGUGCCAACAGAGUUGCUGAUAAGCUGGAAGCUGGCAGUGUGUACAUUAAUAGCUCUAACAACGAGAGUACCAAAGUUCCAUUUGGAGGAAUGAAGAUGAGUGGUAUUGGAAGAGAGUUGGGGCAAGAAGCAUUUAAUUUGUACACUGUUACAAAGAGUAUUUAUUAUAGUUAUGGUGCUAAGCUUUAA